GUUAGUUUCAGGAGAAGCAUUUAAACAUCAGAAGAGGACAGCUGCAUAAUUAGGUGUAACAUGUCAUCUAUAAAACACAAAAGUGCUAAGAGGAUAGAAGGUCUGGAUAAGAAUGUAUGGGUGACCUUCACAUCAGUGGCAACAGACCCUUCCAUUGUCAAUCUUGGACGGGGUUACCCAGACAUUCCUCCUCCUUCAUAUGUGAAAGAGGGACUUGCUCAAGCUGCAUUGGUAGACCGGCUGAACCAGUACACACGCAGCUUUGGUCACCCAACACUGGUUAAAGCUCUGUCAAAAGUGUAUGGAAAAGUCUAUGAUCGUCAGCUUGACCCUUUUAAAGAAAUCCUGGUCACAGUAGGUGCAUAUGGAUCUUUGUUCAGCACUAUGCAGGCUCUGGUUGAGGAGGGAGAUGAGGUUGUUAUUAUAGAACCUUUUUUUGACUGCUAUAUACAUAUGGUGAAAAUGGCAGGGGCCAAACCUGUUUUAAUACCAUUGCGAUUGAAGUCAACCGCAACGACUGGUAUAAGUAGUGCUGACUGGGUUCUGGACCAGGAAGAACUUGCUAGUAAAUUCAACUCAAAAACCAAGGCUAUCAUCAUCAACACUCCUAAUAACCCUAUUGGAAAAAUAUUCAGUAGGAGCGAGCUGCAAGCUAUUGCAGAUCUCUGCAUCAAACAUGACACUCUGUGCUUCAGUGAUGAGGUUUAUGAAUGGCUGAUAUAUAAAGGUCAUGAGCAUGUAAAGAUAGCAACUCUUCCUGGAAUGUGGGACAGAACCAUCACUAUCGGCAGUGCAGGGAAAACAUUCAGUAUGACUGGAUGGAAGUUGGGCUGGUCCAUUGGACCUGAACACCUGAUCAAACACCUGCAGACCGUAAUGCAGAACAGUUUACAUUCCUGUCCAACACCAUUACAGGAGGCUGUUGGCCAGGGUCUUCUUCGGGACUAUGAGUUGAUGGGUCAGCCAGACUGCUACUUCUCCUCUCUGGCUUUAGAACUGGAGAGUAAAAGAGACCGUAUGGCUGCCAUUUUCGCUCAGACCGGCAUGACUCCAGUGGUUCCUGAAGGAGGAUACUUCAUGAUAGUAGAUGUCACAGCACUCAAUCAGGAUCUGACACAUAUGGGAGAUGAUGAACCAUAUGACUACAAGUUUGUCAAGUGGAUGAUAAAAGAGAAGAAAUUGGCUGCAAUUCCUGUAACAGCUUUUGUGGGAGAAGAUUCUGUAAAGCAGUUUGAGAAAUACAUUCGCUUGUGUUUUAUCAAGCAAGAAAGCACUUUGGAUGCAGCAGAGGCCAUUCUGAAGAACUGGAACAAAGGCUGAUAAUGCUGUAAUACAGUAUACAGACUGCUCAGAUUUACAACAUUUUAUUUAAAUAUAUGUAGUUGACCUAAACGGUGGCUUGAGUGAGUUUACAGUUUGUAUUUACAGUUUUCAUUUUUAAAGUGUGGUUUUUCAUUUUGAAACUAUUACUACUAAUUACAUUUACUUAAUUUAACACUUGUAUAAAUAAAGUCUCCUAUGUGGGGAAACCAA